AUGUACACAACUCCCUCUCAAGAUACCGAACCAUCUGCGCUCAACACCAAUACCUCUGCAAACAGUAGUAACCAGACUAUGAUCGACCAGUCACCUAUCACAAACUCUAUCAAUAUUGACUACAGCACAAGUGAAGCAUCUCUCUCUCAGCAAGUUGAAGUGGAGCAGCCUCAAUACUUUGAUCCAGCCUCAGAAAACCAAGAGGCCGUGUUGAAUGAUUUGGAUCAUUAUCCUCAACUUCAACAGCUUCGAUUAUCUUCUCCCACAGCCUCUUCACUCGCAUUCAAAAAGCGUCCUGGCUCUGAAGAAUUGGAUUUGUUACAUCCAUCAAAGCGCAGAGGAGUUUGUCAAACGGAAGACAAGACUCCAACUCGAGGGAAGUCCAAGAUGACUCGAACCAGAAAACCAUCGAGAAUGUCGUCUCUCCAAGCAACCGCACCAAUCAUUCCUGAUCAGCUUGACAAUAUGUCGGUCCCUUCCCUUCAGGCGUCAACCAGCAUCCACGACUCCAAGAAGGAGCAUGAGGUGUCCAAUCUCAAUUCCCAGCAGCAAUCUAGUCCCUCAAGCCAGACAGCUAGUGAUGGUGAUGGUGUCUUUCAAACUGACCCGCCACAAAAAAUUGGCAUACACAAUCUCGAAGAGAAAAUUUCACAUCUUGAAAGCACAAUCGACACAUUGAUGUCCCUCAUCAAGGACAAGAUGUUUCAGCAUUCGGAACAAGAAAGAAAGAAUGCUGCUAGAUUUGAGCGCCAAUCCAACCUCCUUGACAGCGCCAACAAAGAAAUUGGCUUACUUAAGUCCAAGGUUGAAGUUCUAGAAAGCAGUGUGAUGGAUCUAGAGCAUGAAAUGACCUCUGCGCACUUAACACUAAGAGUGCAUGCUAGAAUAAUCCGACGUAUUUCAGGACUUCGAUAUGAUGAUUUUGAAGUAGAAUACGAUCAAGAUUCCUCUGACUCGCCUGAUUCGUUUAUUUCAUAA